AUGUCCUGCUACAACCCAUGCCUGCCAUGCCGGCCCUGCGGCCCAACCCCACUGGCCAACAGCUGCAAUGAGCCCUGUGUCAGGCAGUGCCAGGCUGUUGGCCGCAUCCUCAGCUGUGAUGGAGUGCCCAUCACCUCUGGGUGCUGUGACCUCUCUGGCAUUUCCAGCCGCUACUCUGGCAGAAG